AUGAAGCUCUCUAUCUUCCUCCCCCUAGCGGCCUUCCUGACCUUGACCGCCGCCGAGCCGUCAAACAUAAACGACGACAUUAGCCCGUGUUUGACCCGAUGUCUGACCGAGGCUGCGGUCGUCGCUGGAUGUAUCUCCCAGUACGACUCGGUCUGCACCUGCCCCAGCCCAGCCUUCAGGGAUGCGAUGAAGAUGUGUUUGGAUUAUUCUUGUACGGCGGAGGAUGCAACGAUGGCGCAAGAGCUACACAAGGAGCGCUGUGGGACGCCGCCGAGCUAG